AUUUACAAACGUACAAAAAUGGAGAUGGUAAAGGAAAUAGUACCCACUACAGGAGUAGUCGGACGAUCGUGGAGUUUCGAACUAAGACACUAUAAAUAUUCGCACCGUAGAGGCUAUCCGUCUACAAUAUCAGUCCGUAAGAAGACGCCCUUGAGGUCCAGGAAGCCUCGUCCUAAUCCUCAAGGCUUCUUUGUUCCAUCCAUAUCGCUUUCUCCUUACGGAAAGAAGAGACCUAACGAGAAGUUUUUUUUUUUUUAAUCUGAAGGCCCAACAAGAAGUUAUUUACUGGAAAACUCACAUGUAAAAUGGCUGAUGAUGAAACAAAAGCAGUCACUGCUGAUGCCUCAGGAAAUAUGAUUUAUGAGCCAAUUUUGGAGGAUGGGGUGUUUCGAUUUGAUUGUACAGCAAGUGAUAAAGAUGCAGCUUAUCCAAGUCUUUCAUUUGUAAAUAGCAAGGCAAGAGACACACCAAUUAAGAAUCACAGUGUCGGUGUUCCUACAUAUAUCCCUACAUUUAAAUGCCAUCUUGGACAACAGCAUGUUAAGUUAGAGCUUUCUGCUGGUACCUCCUUUUAUGGGACUGGUGAGGUUGGUGGGCAACUUGAGCGUACAGGAAAAAAGGUAUUUACGUGGAAUACAGAUGCUUGGGGUUACGGGUCUGGAACAACAUCAUUGUAUCAGUCACAUCCUUGGGUACUGGCUGUUCUUCCUACAGGAGAGGCCCUAGGGAUUCUUGCUGACACAACAAGACGCUGUGAGAUUGAUUUGAGAAAUGAAUCUAUAAUACAGUUUAUUGCUUCAUCCCCAUAUCCAGUUGUUACAUUUGGUCCAUUUGCCUCACCAACUGCUGUGUUGAUAUCAUUAUCACAUGCAAUUGGAACCGUGAAUAUGCCACCUAAGUGGGCAUUAGGCUACCAUCAAUGCCGCUGGAGCUAUGAGUCAGAAAGUAGAGUUCGUGAGAUAACGAGAACAUUUCGGGAGAAGGAUAUCCCUUGCGAUGUCAUUUGGAUGGAUAUAGAUUACAUGGAUGGUUUUCGUUGUUUCACUUUUGAUAAGGAGCACUUUCCUGAACCGAAUUCUUUAGCAAAAGAUCUUCGCGACAAUGGUUUCAAAGCAAUUUGGAUGCUCGACCCUGGGAUCAAGCAGGAAGAUGGUUAUUCUGUCUAUGAUAGUGGCUCUAAAGAUGAUGUAUGGAUUAAGAAACAAGAUGGAAGUCCUUUUAUAGGGGAGGUUUGGCCAGGACCUUGUGUUUUCCCAGACUAUACACAGGCGAAAGUGCGAAUCUGGUGGGCCAAUUUAGUUAAGGAUUUCAUUUCGAAGGGUGUUGAUGGUAUAUGGAAUGAUAUGAAUGAACCUGCUGUCUUUAAGGCUGUUACAAAAACAAUGCCUGAGAGCAAUGUUCAUAAGGGUGAUGAUGAACUUGGAGGUUGUCAGAGUCAUUCUCAUUAUCACAAUGUGUAUGGAAUGCUUAUGGCAAGGUCAACGUAUGAAGGUAUGAAGUUGGCUAAUCCAAACAAGCGGCCUUUUGUCCUCACAAGAGCUGGGUUUAUUGGUAGUCAGAGAUAUGCUGCCACAUGGACAGGAGACAAUCUGUCAAAUUGGGAGCACCUCCAUAUGAGUGUUUCAAUGGUUCUUCAAUUGGGACUCAGUGGUCAGCCCCUAUCUGGGCCAGAUAUCGGUGGCUUUGCUGGAAAUGCAACUCCUAGGCUUUUUGCAAGGUGGAUGGGCAUAGGUGCUAUGUUCCCUUUUUGCCGUGGGCACUCUGAAAUGGGCACCAAUGAUCACGAGCCAUGGUCCUUCGGCAGUGAGUGUGAAGAAGUAUGCCGACUUGCAUUGAUUAGGCGCUACCGCCUUCUUCCACAUAUAUAUACUCUUUUCUACAUGGCACAUACAAUUGGAACUCCAGUAGCCAGUCCUACUUUUUUCGCUGAUACCAAAGAUCCCAGUUUAAGGAAAGUCGAGAAUUCUUUUUUGCUCGGUCCACUUUUAGUCUGUUCAAGUACUGUACCUGACCAGCAGACAGAUAUUCUCCAGUUUACACUUCCAAAAGGAAUCUGGUUGAGAUUGGAUUUUGAUGAUUCACAUCCGGAUUUACCAGCUUUGUAUUUGCAAGGUGGAGCAAUUAUUCCUUUCGGUCCUCCUCAUCAGCAUGUUGGCGAGGCAAGUCCAUCAGAUGAUCUGUCCCUCAUUGUGGCAUUAGAUGAACAUGGGAAAGCUAAAGGUGUUCUAUAUGAAGAUGAUGACGAUGGAUAUGGAUUCACCGAAGGUCAAUUUUUGUUGACACAUUAUGUUGCUGAACUUCAAUCCUCAGUUGUUACAGUUAGAGUUUCCAAAACGGAAGGAUCUUGGAAGAGGCCAAGUCGUCGUCUGCAUGUGCAACUAUUACUUGGUGGAGGUGCAAUUGUUGAUGCAUGGGGCACAGAUGGCGAGGUUCUUCAAAUCACAAUGCCUCCAGAGCAAAAAGUUGCUGAGCUAGUAUCUGCCAGUAUGAAGCGAUAUAAAACUCAACUAGAAAAUGCAAAGCAUGUUCCAGAUGUGGAAGAUGUUCCUGGACACAAAGGAAUAGAACUCUCAAGGGCUCCUAUUGAACUAAAAGGUGGUGAUUGGGCUAUUCAAGCAGUUCCUUGGAUUGGAGGUAGAAUAAUAUCCAUGAUGAACAUUCCUUCAGGAAUACAGUGGCUUCAUAGUAGGGUCGAGGUUAAUGGAUAUGAAGAAUAUAGUGGUCCUGAAUACCACUCUGCUGGAUGGUCUGAGGAAUAUAAUGUUAUUGAACGGAAUCUUGAGCAUGCAGGAGAGCAGGAAUCUCUUUUGUUAGAAGGAGACAUUGGUGGUGGAUUGGUUAUGAAACGGAAAAUACAUAUUACUAAGGAUGAACCCGAAGUGUUUCGAAUAGAUUCUAGCAUUGUCGCACAAAACGUUGGUGCUGGUUCUGGUGGAUUUUCAAGAUUGGUUUGCCUAAGAGUACACCCAAUGUUCACCCUCCUGCACCCCUCAGAAUCUUACGUCUCAUUUACCUCCAUUGAUGGGUCAAAGCAUAAAAUUUGGCCAGAGUCUGGGGAGCAGUUUUAUGAAGGAAAUCUUCUACCUAAUGGUGAAUGGAUGCUCAUUGACAAAUGUCUCGGUCUGGCGCUAGUGAAUCAUUUUGAUAUCAAUGAGGUUUUCAAGUGCCUCAUCCACUGGGGCACUGGUACUGUAAAUUUAGAGCUGUGGUCUGAGCAGAGGCCUGUUUCGGAGCAAUCACCUCUCAAGAUCUCCCAUAGUUACAAGGUCAUUAUAAUCCCUUAAAAAGCUAAUUCACUACAAAACUCGACUGCGUGGGAGAUUUUGAACUGCAAAAUGUUCCACUUUGAAUAGCUUUGCGAUUUAGAUGGUCCAGGCACUGAAUGCUUAUUAAUGCACAACUUUGAACCUAUAAACUUUGAUUUCUCAAAGUCAAUAAAAUAUAAAUGCAAGGUGCCUGCUUUUCUCUGCGGCAGUAUUCUUCUA